AUGAUCGUCGCCGUGCCGCUGCCACCACCACCAACCACUGCCGGCAGCAGCAGCAGCAGCAGCGUGGACGAGGGUGAGCUGGGCAGGGCGUUAGCAGCAGGCAUGCACAGCGGAGAGAUGGCGGUGCUGCAUCAAUGGACCGUCGGCGUUCCCUGCCUCAACAACAACUCCAACUCGCUCUCGGGCCUGCUGCCCUGGCGCCAGCACGGGCCCUACUCCUUCCACCUCCCUCCCUCCUCCGCCUCCGCCGCUGCUCUCUCCUUCCCGCCGCAAGGCGUGGCUCUGCACCUCGUGCUGCUCCAGGGCGCUGCGGCGGGCGUCGGUGGCAUGGGGCCGGGUGGCCCCGUGGUGUUGCCUGGUCCCAUUCAGGGGUACGUUCCCGGAGCUCCCUUUGAGACUGGAGGCUCGUCGCUGCCUGGUGGAGGCUCGUCGCUGCCUGGUGGAGGCUCGUCUCUGCCUGGGGGUGCGUCUGUGAGUGGAGAUGCGGCCGCGUCAGGGGCUGUUUCAUUUACUGCAGAGGCAGCAGCGGUGGAAGCGGUGGGCUCACGUCAGCGGCAGCGGCAGCAGGGAACAUCGACAUCGACCUGGUCACCAUGGCUCCCAGAGGCACAGGAGGCGUUGAUUGUGGGUGCAGACGGGGGAGUUGGGGACGUGGGAGUUGCAGAUGGGGGAGGACUUGUGGGUGGGGUAGUGGAGGAAGAGUGUGUGGUAUUGAACGGGGCCUUUGUAUGCACCCCGAUUGGCAGCAGCAGUGGGAGUGGCAUCACUUACAACAGCAGCCUGCCACAUCAGCACAGCCUGGCAGUGGAGUUUGACACGUCAUCAACCCGUCUGUUUUCGGACCCGACCACUCACCACGUGGGGAUCAACAUGGAUUACAGCAUGACGUCAGCAGGCCAUGCGUCUGUGCACCCCGCAGGCAUCCCUUCGCUGGGCGGCAGCGGCAAGGAGAACGAGACGCUGCAUGCGUGGGUGGCCUACAACGCCACCGCCUCGCUGCUCUCCGUGCGCCUCUCCUCCUCGCCCGCCAUGCCCCCCUCCGCCCUCCUCUCCCUCCCCUUCAACGCCUGCGACCUCUUUCACAACGCCCCAAACGAGGAAGAGGGGGAGGGGGAGGCCGUAUUGGUGCAUGCGGGGUUUGCAGCCGGCACGGGGCUGCUGCCGCUGCACACUCAGACGCACGAAAUUCUGUCGUGGAGCUUCCAGGUGGAUACUCAAGCGCCGGCGCCUCUCCCCCUGUGGAUGCCGCCGUCGCUCUCCUUCCCCUUCCUCACGCAAGGCACCCGCUUCACUAUCUUGGGUUCCACUCGCCUCACCUUCUCCUCGCUGCAACUCACCCCGGGCAACGAUGACAACGAGGCAGGCGCCGCCUUCUUCCCCCUCCCCCUGCCCCUGCUCUCGCUCCUCCCCGCCCCUUCCCCCCGCAAGGGGAAGAACAAGGGCGGAAAGGUUGAUGCUGUGGUGUGCAAGGCCCGGUCCUUCACCUCAUGGUUUCCUUUUGAGCUAAAGGCCAGCGGGUUUUUCGGAUACGGGGUGGUUUUCGUGCUAAGUACUCGGCCGGGGGUGGGGCAAGGAGGGGCGGCGAUGGGGUAUGGGCGGGACUCGGUAGGCAGGAAUUCAAACGGGACGUGGGCGGAUGGAGGGAGGAGUGUGGCGGUGAUGUUUGAUGCCUUUAGCGGCCUUGACCCUAACCGUGACGUUAACAAGGAUGUGGCGAUUCUCUCCGUUCACACUGACUUUAACAUGACUCGGCGGCUGGCUUUUUCGUCUCAAAAGAGAUACACUUCAUCCUCAUUAUACAGCAUGAGGGUGGAUUAUACUGCUGCCACUAAGACACUGGAGGCGGUUACAUUUAAAGGGGCUACGAGGAUGGGGAGUGUGAAGCUGACCCUUGACCUGUGCUCUGUGUUCUAUGAUGGGAAUAGCACCACCGAGGGAGUGAUUCCGGUGUUUGCUGGGUUCAGCAGUGCCAGCACGCAGGCAUGUGUUCAGUCCAUCAAAGCGUGGAUCUUCCGAUUCACAGACGUCAACCCAUGCACGGCAUGGGACGUGAAUCCAUGCGGUGCUGGCAGGUGCAGUGCGGUGCGGUCAGCAGCCACAGGCACAUACACCAGCACGUGCUCGUGCCCUCUCAGCCAGCCCAGCUACAAGCUCCCCCAAAUGCCCGCCUUCCAAACGUGCUUCAAUGAGUACCCCAUCUGUCGUCUUAACAGCACUGACACCUGUGCGCCUGGCGUGUGCCUGGAGGGCUAUGAUGCCUCCUCCUUCUGCCUCUGCCCGCCCGCCUUUUUCCCCCUUGACUACUCUAACCCCCUCAAGCAGCCCUGUAACCAAGUGAGUGAGUCCGCCACUCGAGUGCCAUCCUUCCCAGCACCCCCCGGCCUCACAUGCCCUCUGCUGCUCGACAUAUUUGACCUCUCACCUCAAGAGCUGCUGGAGAGCAACCAGGACUUGGCAUGUGACAAGCCCAUACCUCGUGGGUUGAUAGUCAAUGUGUCGGCAUCUGCUAACAAGAACUGCACCAGCAUGUAUACCGCCAACCAGGUGAGGCAUGCAUACCGCCAACCAGUGACACGUGCACCGCGUGACAAUCAAUCCUCCGCCCUCCUCCACUCCCUUCACCACUCAUCCCUCCUUCCCUUCCUCGCCCUCAACAUCCUGCAGCCACGUGGAAUCUUCCCUCUACUGCAGAGCCCGUUAAGGCAUGGCUAUUCUGGGUUGCAGAGAGUGGAGAGGUUGUUUGGGGCUGUCAUGGCGAUGAAGGGGGGAUUGGAGGAGGCUGAGAGGAGGCGAGUGGCGGAGAUCAGGGAGAUGAAAGGGAAGGUGGAGGAGAGGGAGAGGGAGCUGGCAUCAGUGAAGGGGGAGGUGACUGAACUGAAGGAUGUUGUGAUGAAGUUGCGUGUUGAUUUUAAUAUCAGCCAGAGUGAUAGUGACACAAAAGAAGCAUGGGAGGCAAUCAAGUCAGCUUCAAAAGAGACCUAUUUGAGCAUGGAAAAUUACCACGGCCUUUCAGGCGAUAUCCUUGAGCAUGUGUCCUCAAUGACUCACCUGACUAGCAUUUUUCUGGGGGGAUCUUCAGGCUACAGUGCAGAGGGCAUUACACACCUCUACAGGCUACCACGGUUGGUAGAACUAGGAUUAGAUGCCACAGUCAUUUCAGAUAGUGCUUUGGAAGGCAUCGGGUCGUUGACCACUCUUCAACUACUCUUUCUCAUGGUGACCAAGACGUGUGGGAGGUUCCACACCCCGUACCGCUGCUUCUCCCGCCUUGACGAUGCUUGGCGUGAGGAGAUGGGCGAGGAUGUUGAGCGCCCCCGCUGGGCUGAGCUCAUGAGGGCUGGUGUUGAUAUCUUUGCUCUUGACUAUGAUGCUAUUAUUGCUGCCAUGUAUGCAUUGACUGUUAGUGCCGAGGGAGACUGUUACUUGUGUGUGCCGCCUGACCCAGGUAUAGAGCCCGCUGCCCUGGGUACUAGUGAGUCUGCUCUCUCUGGUAUGGUGCCCCCUGUACUUGCUCCCUCCAGUGCUGUCCCGGCUGUUUGCGAGUCUGCUCUCUCAGGUACAGCACCCACAGAGACUGCUCUCUCAGGUACCGCACCGGCUGAGGCCUGUUACACCUUCACCCUUGACUCAGUCCUUGCCCAGUCCACCACUGUGCUCCCUUGUCCGGCGGUUCCGUCUGGCUCGUUGUCGGGUUUCCACCUCCCCUCGUUCUCGACGAACCUGGUGAGCAACGCUGUCAUCCAGGAUCAGUGGGUUGACACCUUUACCCCUGGAGGACAGCGUGUGGCGAUCUGCACGUGCUCCAGGACCGGCCGUCACCUGGCUACGUUUACCCGUCGGCCGGGGUCGAGUCUCUACACACUGACCACUGCGUCUCCUCAGGUUGCUGCUGUCGGUCAGGUGUCCGCGUCAGGUCUGGUGGCCCACGCCUGUGAGUGUCGUUCCCUGUCGCACCAGACUCUUCUCUGGCACCACCGCCUGGGUCACCCCUCCUUGCCACGCCUCCGUGGCAUGCACCGUCGCCGCCUUGUGUCUGGUCUUCCCAGGUCCCUCCCUCCCCUCCCUGCCUCGCCUGCGCCGCCCUGCCUUCCUUGCGUCGAGGGGCGGCAGCGCGCCGCUCCUCACUCCUCCUCGUUCCCCCCGACAGAGGCUCCUCUGCAGACCCUCCACCUGGACGUGUGGGGCCCAGCCCGCGUUCGUGGCCAGGGCGGUGAGCGGUACUUUUUGCUGGUUGUCGACGACUACUCGCGUUACACCACGGUCUUCCCCUUGCGCACCAAGGGUGAGGUCCCUGCUGUUCUGAUCCCUUGGAUCCGCACAGUUCGUCUCCAGCUCCGCCGCCGUUUCCGGACGGAUCUUCCUGUCCUGCGUCUGCACUCUGACAGAGGUGGUGAGUUUUCCUCCGAUCUCUUGAGGACCUUCUGUCAGGCGGAGGGCAUCGAGCAGACCUUCACGCUUCCGGACUCCCCACAGCAGAAUGGGGUUGCUGAGCGCCGCAUUGGCCUGGUCAUGGAGGUCGCUCGUACCUCCUUGGUCCACGCGGCGGCUCCCCAUUUUCUGUGGCCGUUUGCUGUCCGGUACGCCGCGCAUCAGCUCAACCUCUGGCCCCAUGUCUCCUUGCCGGAGACCUCGCCCACACUGCGUUGGACGGGGGAGGUUGGCGAUGCGUCGCGCUUCCGGGUGUGGGGUGCUCGUGCCCUUGUCCGCGAUACGUCCGCGGACAAGCUCUCCUCCCGCACACUUCCCUGUGUCUUCCUUGGCUUUGUCCCUGACGCGCCGGGCUGGCAGUUUUACCACCCCACCUCGCGCCGGGUCUUCGCCUCUCAAGACGUCACCUUUGACGAGUCGGUCCCUUUUUACCGUCUCUUCCCCUACCGCACUGCCCCCCUCCCUCCCCCGCCGCUUUUCCUUGCUCCUGGUCCCCCUCCGGUAGACCCCCUUCCCCCUCAGGGUCCUGCUCCUUCAGGUGUCUCUCAGGUAGACCCUCCUCCCGUCGCUGAGCCUGUCGAGGUCACAGGGUACUGA